AUGGCCUCCGACAACAUCGCGCAGCUGGCAGACGCUCUCUCCAAGACUCAUGUUGGUGAUGGAGAGCUGAGCUACAAAGGCCUGGGGCUGAAGCUGGACUCUGCAGAAUCAGUCCAAGAUCUAGUUAGAGAAAUUGAGCAAUGCCAAGAUCUAAGAGCUUUUCGGCUGGAAGGAAAUACUCUGGGAGUGGAGGCGGCCCGAGCUAUCGCUAAAGCGUUGGAGAGAAAAGGACAUCUACAGAGAUGCUACUGGAGCGAUAUGUUUACUGGGAGAUUGCGUUCGGAAAUCCCAACUGCUCUGCGCUCUUUGGGCAGUGCUCUGAUGUGUGCAGGGGCUCGUCUCACUGAACUGGACCUCAGCGAUAAUGCCUUUGGUCCAGACGGAGUGAAGGGCAUCGAGCAGCUGCUGAAGAGUCCGACCUGUUACACUCUGAGAGAGCUUCGACUCAACAACUGUGGCAUGGGGAUAGGAGGAGGAAAGAUUUUGGCGGAUGCACUGAUGGAGGGCCACAGAGAGUCCUCAGCUCUGGGAUCACCACUGAAACUUAAAGUGUUCAUCGCAGGAAGAAACCGCUUGGAAAAUGAAGGAGCCUGCGCUUUAGCCAAGGCGUUCAAGCUGAUGGGCAGCCUGGAGGAGAUCCACAUGCCUCAGAAUGGCAUCAACUACACCGGCGUGACGGCGUUGGCUUCAGCCGUGAGACACAACCCGGAGCUGCGCGUCCUCAACUUCAACGACAACACGUUCACCAAGAGAGGGACGCUAGCUAUGGCCCAGGCCCUGAAGCAUCUGAGGAACGUUCAAGUGAUCAACUUUGGCGACUGUUUGGUCCGUUCUGAAGGAGCCAUCGCCCUCGCCGCGGUGCUCCGAGGCGGGCUGCCCAUCCUCACCGAGUUGAACUUGUCUUUUGGGGAAAUCACAGAAGCAGCAGCUCUUGUGGUGGCUCAAGCAAGUGCCGGAAAAUCUCACAUGGAGAAACUGGAUCUCAAUGGAAACUGUUUGGGCGAAGACGGCUGCGACGCUUUGAGAGACGCCAUGGAUCAAAGAGACAGAGGAGACUUGCUCUCAUCUCUGAGUGACGAUGAAGGCGAACCAGACGACGAUGACGAGGAGGAAGACGAGGAGGAGGAGGAAGAGGAGGAAGACGACGAGAGUGACGAUAGUAACGAGAGCAGUGAGGAAGCCGGCUCUGGGAAGGAGGAUGGAUUCAUUACUGACGACAGUCCCACCAAACCCACCUGCUCAGCAGAAGUCAUGGCCUUCGUCAGCGCCCCGACUGUGGAGAGGCUGCUGCAGCUCGGGGAGACGCGGGUCACCGUGCAGCACCUGGUGGACACGUCAAACCCUCACAAAUCUGCAGAGCUGCUUCUGAAAGUGGCUUCGUUGUACAGCGACGAGCCCGAAGCCAAAGACGCUGUGCUGGAAACUAUCGAUGCGGUCCUGAAGAAGUGCCUCUCUGGCUCUGAGCUACAGUCCUACUGCUUCCUCUCCACCCUGCUGCUUCUGAUGGGUCUGUUCAAGGGCGAAGGCAAAGUGAAGAAGACGAGCGUGCUGCCGGGUCACCUGCGCUGUUUGGACCACGGCGUGCGGCAAAGCUACUUCAAAGCAGACUACGCCUCUCUGCUGCUCACCUUCCUCUCCAGGAGCAGACAGACCCUCCAGUCCUGCAGCGGGGCCAGGGACGCUCUCAUAUCCACACUGGAGCACACACACCCAACACACACCGACAAGCCUUAA